AAUUUGAUGGAGCAAGGGAAAGCUUUGACCAAUGAUUGGCGACCGACGACUGGAAAUGCCCUUCGCGGCUAGCUCCGUCGAGAGCGAUGAAACAGAAUUUGACGGGUCCUGGACAAAUACCCGUUAGGUGCUUGCAGCGAUGCGUUCUCCUUUCCACAACUCUUCCCUUUUUCUCUCAUAGAAGUUUCGAAUCACCCACGAAACUGAGGGAUCGGUUCGUGGCUUUUGGGCAUUCCUGUGGCGUUUUUUUUUUGGAGUUCCUUUUGCUGAAGAUCUCCAGGCCAGAUCCGAAAUCCUAGGUUGGGUAAUUUAUUGAUGUAUCAAGGCCCGCGAUUUUGGCUGUCUCAGCUGACCUUGUCUAGGUGAGCUCUCCGGUAUCGUGGGAGGUUUCAUGUGGUUUUGCGCUCCUCUCUCUCUGCGUGCCCCUACUGGUUUGCUCCUCUUUUUGCUGCUGCUGUCAGUAAGGAAUGCAGCUGAAAUAUUUUUUCAGAUCAACUGGGCGUUUGAAGCAUGAUUGAGAGAAAUUCUGCGUCUUGAUGUAAAUAAAUAACGUCUUCCUUAGGGUUUUUAGUGAUUUUCUAAAAGAAUUUUAGAGGUAUUGUGCAUUGCCUGUUCCAAGAUGGGGGCAAAUUGUUGUGUGGCUGCAAGGGACAAAACCUUGCCUAAUAGGAAUGGUCAUGAGGCAUCUUCUUACAGGAACAUUAGAUACUCCCCUUCUUGGAGCUUUCGAUGGGACAAUAGAACUCACAUAGAGGACAUUGUGGAAAACAUGGUGUAUUGUUCUCAUCAUAACAGUGGAAAUGCCACCUCUGAAGUCAAGAGUGCAGCAGAUACAGAAACUGAUGGCCUUUCUGAUGGUGAAAGCCCACCAAAAGUUUUUCCAUCUUCCCAGUGGAGAAAGUCCUAUGUUGUUGGAGGCUCUGAUAAGUUCAAAUUCAUUGCUGCAGCGGAUCAAAACACACCAGGCAAUUCAUCUCCAGAGGGAAAGAGCUCGCUUAAAUCAUCAGUUUUUCCAACUGCAUCUUACAUGAAGUCCUCAAUUACUUUAUCUCCACCAGCAGUUAAGGUGGAUUAUCCUUCCUCCUCAAGGAACUGCUUUACUCCCUCUGACCCAACUUCUACAAGAAAGGCCUGCCGUUCUCCUGGUUAUCAACUUUGUAGACAAAUCUCUGAUAGCAGGAUUCCAUCUCUCAAGUCCCUGAAUGAAGGCAGUUCUCCUGAAGUAGGCAGGCACUCCUUUGUACUUAGCAAUGAACUUUCCGCAGGAGAAUCUCAUGGUGGUUCAUCCGAUGGAUGGUCCAUGCGCACAUUCUCAGAACUUGUGGCGUCUUCUCAAAGAGAAAGGUGGUCAUUUGACAGUGAAAAUUUCACUUCCAUCAACAAGAUAUUUGGGCCUACGCCUACUUUGCUGCCAAAAACUAGCAGCUACUCUCCAGAUCAGCAAACCUGUUGUAUAUGCUCAAAGCUAUUGAAGGAGAAAUCACCAUGGUGCACUCAUAAGUUAGUCUCAACAAAUGAUCUUCCUAUUGUUUCAGUUCUAGUAUGUAGCCAUGUAUACCAUGCUGAGUGCUUGGAGAGUUUAACAUCUGAGAUUGAGAUAUAUGACCCGCCUUGCCCACUGUGUGCAAAUUAUGGUGACAGGCCUCCACUGAAACAAUUUGGAAAAUUUGAGCUGAAGGGAAGAAAUAAAAUCUCACGAAUUGCAGUUGCUGAUGCUGAUGUCCCCCGAGAUUCUAUUUCUAAUGACCCCAUUAUGGGAGCCAGUUCCAGUACGAAGAGCUCCUUUGGUAAGCCAUUUCUGAAGCGGCAUUUCUCCAUUGGGUCGAGGCCUAUACGUUCAGCAUCAGAAAAUGCAACAACCAGAAAGAAAGGUUUCUGGGCAAAAUACCGAAGAGAAUGAGUAUGUUCACCGUCGUAUAAAUGUAAGAAUUUCCUGAAAUUCUUUAGAAUUAUAUGAUCUACCAUGUCACUCCUGGCGUGAUGCCAUAGCAUAGCUGUUUGUUAAUUAAUCCAUAAAAUCCUCUUGAACCGAUGGAAAGGAAACGUGCAUAUUAGUAUGAAAAGUAAUUUAGGCCACAGAUUAGAAUUGUUGGCCAUUUUUUGUUAUUAUAUUGAGGACUUUAUUGCAGAUUAAACGACUGUGUGGGAAGGGGCUUAGUUCA